CCAUCUCUAACCAACUCUUGAACAAUAUUUUAACAACUUGAAUUCAAAGCAAGAAACUGCUCGUCCAUUAUCUUCCUCUGUUGAUUUUCUUCACAUUCUCAAGUUUACUCCCAAAAAAACCACAAAAUGGAUUGCUCAGUAUGCACCACAAUGCCAUCUAUUCUACGACCACCGAGGAACACGAUAUGCGGAUCAUGCUACGAAGGGGCUCGAACCACUAUUGCGCUGCUCAAGAAGCUUGAGGGCGCGAACGAAGAUCAAGAUCAUGACAAAUCAACCGAUAAGUCCACCGUCAACAAUGGCUCCUCUCUUUCUUCUUCUCCUUUGUUUUCUCGCGAGCCGCAACCAUUACAAAAGGUGAUCACAUGGAUAAAAAACAUGAAAGAAACAGAAGAGGAACAGAAGAAGAGAAUAGUCUUCUUGAGCAGCUUUGUUUCGGGAUUCAAAGAACAACUUCAUACUGAUAUUCUUCUAAAACCUGGCGAUGAUGGACCUCAUAUUCCUGCACAUAGAGCUUUGUUGGCUUCAAAAUCCGAGAUCUUCAAGAAUAUUUUAGAUUCAGACGAUUGCAAAACCGCUCCAGAAUACGCCAUAACUCUGCAAGAACUAAACUCAGAGGAACUUCAAGCUCUCUUGGAGUUUCUAUACACCGGCACAUUGGCUUCAGAUAAGUUGGAGAAGCAUGUGUAUGCCUUGUUUGUUGCAGCCGAUAAGUACAUGAUUCAUUACUUGCAAGAGUUCUGCGAGCAAUAUAUGCUUAGUUCCUUGGAAAUAUCUAGCGUUCUUGAUGUCCUUGACGUCUCGGAUCUUGCUUCGAGCAAGACGUUAAAGGAAGCUGCUCUAGGUUUUGUGGUGCGAAACAUGGACGACAUUGUUUUCUCAGAUAACUACGAAGCUUUUUCACAGAAAAACCAGCAUUUAUGCGUUCAAAUUACUAGGGCGUUCUUGAUGGAAAUGAGAAGCAAGAGACGUGAUUAAAUUAGUGAGAGAUGAAAAAGUGUAAUAAGCUUUUGUAUGUUUUGUUGUUUAUAGCUGUUCUUAAUCCUCCAAGCUAGCUCCAUAGCAAAUUAAAUGACUUCACUACUCGCCCUUGUACACACAUUCACGUUCAUAUUACAACUUUUUUUCCUCUUUUGAUUGAUGGCAAAAGAAGCAAUAUUAAAAUAAGCAUCGAGAUAAUUAAGUAAUCAAUAUGUGCUUUUCUGUAUAAACUGAAUUCAUGUUUACUCAUACUUAAUUUGUUUAUCCCAGUCAUAUAUCGUUCAUGUACCGUUAGAUUUAUGUAGUCCUUUUUUUUUUGAAACACAAUAUUACUCCAUUCGAAUCGCUAAUUCGUCCGUUGCGGUACUAAACUUAAAUAAUUCUUUUUACAAAAAAAAGAUUGUUAAUAAUGAGUAAAUGGAUAUAUUAGUGAUUCGAAUGGACGA